UGUGUAAUUUCACGGCUCUCGUCCGGCGAAGCACAGCAGUGCAGUUUCCUAGAUAUUUCCACAUAAUCUUCGCUUCCUUCCCCUCACGCACUCAGGCUGGCAACCAUCGAUCCAGGAAUGAUGGAGUUAUCACUGAUGGCAACACAGCAUUUCCCAGCUGUGAGUGGGGCCUUCAUGGAUUCUCCAUACAAUGGCGACACGUCCCUGCAGACGUCCUCCUCCAAUCUCAACGCCAGCUACUCUCGACCCUCAGAAGCAGAGGAUGAUGGAAAAGUGUCCAGCGACACCAUUUGGCUCUGGAUCGCCGUGCUGGCAACUAUUGGCAACAUAGUGGUGGUGGCUGUGGUUUGCGCCUGUGCCUUCUGACAGGACCGAUGAGCGGAGAGAAAACGCCGCAUGGAAAUAUUGUAUAUAUUCAGACAUCAUGUAAAAUAGUGUACGUGUUAUAGUGUGAUAUUUUAGAAAGGGAUUUGUACGACAAAUACAUUCUAGUUCAAAUACUCAAGUUAAGAAAAUAUAUUUUGGACAAUUUAUGUAUUUAAAAGGGUAAUCAAAUUGAAGUAAUGAUCUGAGAGAGACAUUACUACGACUACUACUACUUCAAUGCAACAAUCAUAAUAAUAAUCAUAAUAAUGGAACAUUUAUCAUAAGUACUGGAAAACCUCAAACUGACCGAACAAGUGUAUACUUGUAUAUACUUUGAUUUUUGAGAUUUUUGGAUUCUGAUACUGUAAAUAUCCUGCUAUAAACCUUGUCCUGAUUGUCACUGCGGUAAACACAUUUUACUUUGUCUGUGGAUUUUGUCACCAACACAAUUCCCCGAAAACAGGAGAUACAAUAAAUCUUAACUUUAAUGUUUGAUAAAAACGUAAUCAAAUUCAA